AUGAUCCAAAGCCUCGUUGAAAACCUCCCAAUGACAGUUGAGAAGCUUGAAGAAUUGAAAUCAGCAACAGUAGAAGAUGAAGUCCUGCAGCAGUUAAUCCAAUUCAUCAAAGACGGAUGGCCUAGUAGUCGAGUGACUAGUCCAUCGGCUGUUGGUCACUACUGGAAAUUUUAAGACGAAAUCUAUGAAGCCAAUGGGUUGUUGUUUUUCGGGCAGAAGUUAGUUAUUCCAGAGAAGCUGAGACCAGACAUUGUUCGUCGAAUUCAUGAGAGCCACCUGGGUAUGGAAAAAUGUAAAUCGAGGGCUAGAGCAGUAGUCUAUUGGCCCGGAAUGUCAGCGGACAUUGAAAGAUUAGUAGCGAAAUGUUCAACUUGCCUGAAGCACCAAAGAAGCAAUCAGAAAGAGCCACUAAAGCCACACACAGUGCCUGCCAGAGCAUGGCAAAAAUUGGGAACAGACAUUUUUGAAUAUAAGUCCAAGUCCUACUUAGUAAUUGUGGACUAUUACUCGAAAUUUCCAGAAAUUUCUCUCCUUAAAGACAAAUCAAGUCAAGCUGUCAUUACCAGUAUGAAAUCAGUAUUUGCCCGACACGGCAUCCCGGAUGAAGUUGUCGCAGAUAAUAUGCCCUUUUCAAGUAAGGAAUGUUUACAGUUUGCACAAGAAUGGGGAUUCAAAAUUUCAACGUCCAGUCCUCAUUACCCCCAGUCAAAUGGCAUGAGUGAGCGUACAAUUCAAACCAUCAAGAAUCUCCUUCGUAAAGCUGAUGAUGAAGGAAAUGAUCCCUACAUCGCCCUCCUGGAGUACAGGAAUACUCCAAUUACAGGAAUGCAAGAAUCGCCAGCUCAGUUAUUAAUGAGUCGCAUGCUAAAGUCGAAGUUGCCUACGACUACGGCCCUCUUCAGCCCAAAGUUCAAGAAAAUGUUCGUGAAAAACUUGAGCAACGUGCCGAGAAGCAAAAAGAGUACUUCGACAGAAAUGCAAAGCCAUUGCGACCUGUAAAGAUGUAUCAGUCUGCCCGAAUUCGAAGAGGAAAGGUGUGGGAGCCAGCAGUUAUAACAGGUACGCAUAAAGCACCUAGAUCCUUCAUAGUAACCACACCACAAGGUGGAGUGUAUCGUCGUAAUCGCAGACAUUUAUUACCCACUAGUGAGCCUCCACCUAACAAUUUAGGACCAGACUACGAUGAAGAAAUUGUUAUGCCUGAGCCUAGACCAAAUAACGUUGUUGACCCACAACCUGUAAGGCGCACCAGCAACCGCGCAGUUAGAUUGCCUGAACGACUCAGGAAUGACUAUGUUAUGGAAUGA